CAAACUGUAUGUGUUUAUACAUCACUUACUCUCGAGUCUGAAAGAACCAAAACCAAGAAAGAGAGAGAUGGAGCACCCCAGCCAUGAACAUCCACUCAUUCUGAAUGUAGAUCACAUUGCUAGGGAGGGUGAUGUCUGUCGUGCCUGCAACCAACAAAUAGUCUCAUGUAAAUCAUCUGUUUAUAGUUGUAAUCACAGCAGCAUCAAUGAUGCCAGUGCAACCAGUGCCUAUGAGAAUGAAUAUGAUGGAUUUUUUGACUUUUUAAUUGGUAGCACUAGUACCAUAGGCGUAUCAUGUGCUAAAUUCUUCCUCCACAAAAGUUGUGCAGAAUUACCUACAUACCUUCGAAACCCAACCAAUCCUAAAGAUGUUCUCAAGAUUUGCUUCAAUCAUUCCCGUGACACUAUAGAGUCAAAAGUAUUUUUGCAAAACCAAGUCGUUUACAGUUGCAACAUCUGUGGCAUAAAACUACCAUGGGAUGUCAAACAGUUCUUCUAUUAUAUUUCCAAUACUGAUAUGUAUGUCUGCCUCAAAUGUGCUCUCUUCCAACUUCAGCAGUCACUGGAAGACCGUAAACUUGAGCAUCCAGCUCACAGUCAGCAUCCGUUAGCCUUAAUCCAGCGUCCCUCAUCAUUCAUAUGUGAUGCUUGCAAAGUGGAAGAUAAUAAUAAAGAUUCGUCUUAUAUAUGCACCAAAUGUCAGUUUUGGGUGCACAAGAGCUGUGCUGAUGCUCCUCCCACUUUCCACUUCCAGUUUCACCAUCAACACCCUCUUGUCCUUUCAUUUUCUCUUCCGCGAGUUUAUCAUAAAUUUGUCCAGUAUUGCAGGCUCUGUAAAGACACGCUGAACCACAUAGAUUGGCUUUACUACUGUCGCUACUGCAGAUAUUUUGCUCAUUUUGAUUGUGCUAGAUCAAGUCACAUGUCGAGCUCUAGCGAAGAUGAAAAACUGAAUUCAGGUUUGGUGCACCUCCCAGAAGCCGAUGAAUUAUCAGCUAUUUUAUCAGCUGAAGAAUUUAUUAUGGGAAUGAGUGCUCAAUGCAACAACAACAAUAAGAUCUUAAGCUCAGCAAAUAGUAUCAAACAUUGGGCUCAUUACGGACAUGAUCUACAACUCAUGACUGUUAAUGACUUCCCAUAUGAGAAAGAUAACGAUAAGACAACAUUGCAAUGUGAUGGAUGCGUCAAACUGAUCCGAGCUGAUGAUCAUCAUCAAUUCUAUGGCUGUGUUCCGUGUAAAUACUUUCUGCACACAUUCUGUGCAGAGUUGCCUGAAGAGAUUGUGCACUAUCCUUCACCAAGUAAUAUGAUUUUUGCACACAGGGACAGUGAAAAAUUCAAGUUUUUCGAAUGCAAUGGAUGUGGAGUUUUCGGCAAUGGUAUAUUCUUCUCUGAACAUAGAUACUACACUGCUGAUCGUACGUCGUAUAGAGUUCAUAUUGGAUGUGCGACACUACCCAAAACGAUCAAACACGAAGCUCAUACUCACAAACUUAAUCGAGUUCUAAGACGCUCUUUAUUCCCAAGUUUCCAAUGCCAAGCAUGUGGAAGGACUUUUGAUAUUGGAAGUUUCCACGUCUGUGAAGAAUGUGAGAUCAGUUUAUGUGGUGGAUGUAUAAUGAAGCCAAGAACGGUAAAUCACCCAUGGGAUCCUCAUCCCAUGCGCUUGAUAUAUGAACCUGGCAUGGUCAGUGUUCAUGAGCACGACUUCAAUUGUGAGUAUUGCUCCGAAGAUAUUGACCCCAACUUUUGGUUUUAUCACUGCAGUGAAUGUGAUCUCUCGUUUCAUCUCCAAACAUGUUUUGAAAGAUCACGUCACAACGAAUACUCGAAUAUCAAGUUUGGAGCUACUGACAUUAUUAUAGACAAACUCCAUCCUCACGGCCUCACAUUUGUUUUGAACAAGAAAGUCAGGAGUUGCGGAAAUUGUCACCAAAAACUACUUGGGAAGCCGGUCCUCGAGUGUCCUGCUGCACCAUGCAAAGCCGUGUUUUGUACAGAUUGCUCAGUGGCUGCUCGUCGUGAUAUCUACACCGUUGAUUCUUGAUGUUAGAUUGUGUUCCUUUUCUGCAUGACCCGUUCUAAUUUUGUAUUCAGUUUAUCAUAUGAAUUUAUAGCCUACACUAUGUCAAAGUCUUUGCAUUGGUUUUUAGUUUCUUUGAAAUGGAGUUCAAAUAUUCUGAUAAUGAGGUUUAA